CUCCUUCCUCUUUCCUCCCUUCUUCUCUACUCUUUCUCACCAUUGUCCCCCCAUCUCGAAUUCUACCACAUCCAUCAUUAUGAGGGCCAUCCAAGUCAAAGAAUACGUCCAGGGACCCCUGGAUCUCCAGGUCAGCACACUUCCCACGCCAGCGCCCUCGCCAACCAACUACCUGAUCGAAAUCCAUUCGGCAGGCACCAACUUCUUCGACCUUCUCCAAAUCCGCGGCAAGUACCAACACCAGCCACCACUGCCGUGGGUCGGUGGCGCUGAAUUCGCCGGAACCGUGCUGGCAGUGCCCACGGCCAGGGGACCGUCGCCACCGCGCUUCAAGGUCGGAGACCGCGUGUUCGGUGCCACGCAGGGAGCCUACGCCACGCACGUGCUGGCCCCGGAGGCCACGCUGCUGCCCGUACCGAACGGCUGGAGCUACGAGGACGCCGCCGGGCUCUUCGUCACGGCACCCACCUCGUACGGUGGCCUGGUGCAUCGCGCCAACGUCCGCCGCGACGACUGGGUGCUGGUUCACGCGGCGGCCGGCGGCGUUGGGCUGGCCGCGGUGCAGAUCGCCAAGGCGAAGGGAGCGACGGUGAUUGCGACGGCUGGCACGGAGCGCAAGCGCCAAGUGGCGCGCGAGUUCGGGGCGGACUACGUCGUCGACUACAAGGAUAGGGCGUGGCCAGAGGAGGUGAAGGCGCUGUGUGCGCGGCACCGCCAAGGGAACGGCAAGGCCGGUGUGGACAUCGUGUACGACCCCGUGGGGAUGAUCGAGGCCAGUCUCAAAUGCGUGGCGUGGAAUGCGCGCCUGCUGGUGAUCGGGUUCGCGGCGGGCCAGAUCGAGAAGGUGGCCCUGAACCGCGUGCUGCUGAAGAAUGUGAGCAUCGUCGGCUUGCACUGGGGCCAGUACGCCAAGUUUGAGAAGGAGACCGUGGGUGCUGUGUGGCAGGGCAUCUUCGAUCUGGUGGCCAAAGGUCAGUUCCGGGGUACGGCAUUCAAGGACGAGAGUUUCGUUGGGCUGGAGAGCGUGCCCCGGGCGUUGCAGGCUCUCGGAGGUCGGGAGACAUGGGGGAAAGUGGUGGUGAAGAUUAUCGACGACGAGGCGGGGACGAAGAGCAAGCUAUAGGAGAGAUCGGUUUCCCUUGUCUUGAUAUGUACCUAAAUAAAGUCUAUAU